GGAUUUUUCCUGUUCUUUGCAAGAUUGAAAUUAUGUCGAAUUUUAGUUUCUUCUGUGUACUGCUUUUUGUGCUGAUGCGUCCUUAUAUUAUGUUUCCAUGGUGCAAUGAAUUCAAGCGUCUAGAUUUAGGGUUUUGGUUGAAUUUCCUUGAUUCUGGUCAGAGAAGUAACGAGGGGUCCCCUGAUUAAAGAGCUGUUUUUUUUUUCUUUUCUGAACUAUUUUUUCCUCUUUGAUUGAAUCAAAUCAAUCUGGAUUGAGAUCUUUUUCACGAAAGGGGCAUUAGGCAAUGGAGGACAAAAGCAAUGUGGAUUUUAUAGAGUCAUCAUCAGCCGAAGUCUUUGAGAUUCCUGGUGAACCAGCCAUUGUGAUAAACGGCCUGCCUCCCUUGUUGUCAAGGGAUACGGAUACCCUUCCUUGUGCUGUUACUGAUUCACAGCCGCAAAAACUUGCUGGCUUUGGGGAAUGGUUGGAAGGAAGGGAAGUUCGGAAGUUGUUUGGGGACCGGUUCUUUAGUGGUGAAGUAACCCAAUUUGACAAGGAAAUGGGUUGGUAUAGAGUAGUAUAUGAAGAUGGUGAUUUUGAAGAUCUUGAGUGGCAUGAGUUAAUGGAAGUUCUUGUGCCUUUAGAUGUUAAUAUCCCUUUGAAAACGUUGGCGAUAAAGAUCAUCAAGAAGAGACAGAAGUUGGUUCAAAAGCCUACAAGAAGUAAGGUCGGGACUAGGAGAAAUAGUUCCCAUGAUGGCAAGGGCAAGGAGAAGGAGAAUGAUGCUUCUUAAAGAAGCACCUUGGUACUUCUUCUACACCUGUAAGGUUGAUAAGUUGAGUCCGUAUGUAGUAGAAUGCUGCAAGCAUUAGAAAUCAGGUCGCCCGUUGUUGAAAUUCCCGACAAGAUACCAUGAUCGCACUUGUAAAUGUUUGCAGAACUUUUUAUGGAAAUUGGGUGAGAUGUGGAGUUUC